GACAAGGGCUCAUGGGUGACAGGUAAAACGUAGACGUCCACAUGGCGCUCUCCAUUCCAGGGUCCCGGCCCUUCAGGGUCACUUCCGGGAGGGGGCGGGGAGACAACGGGAGGCGUGCCGGGAAGGGGGCCGUUUGCGGCGCACCAGACGGAAGUGUGCCAAAGGCAUCCGGAUUGCCGCUUCCGGUCCGGCUAAACGCUGCUAAGGGCCGCGGCGUGGUUGGUGCCGUGCGGAAAUAGGCUUCUCCAGCAAGCCAGCGGGCGCCGAAGCCCGAAGUGGGUUCCGGAUUCAAGAGUCUGGAUUACAGUGGAAAGAUCGAGGGAGAGGGAGGGGGAAAAAAAAGACCAGGAACCCGAAUACCACCUCUCCGCUGUUUCCGAGAGGGCCAACUUCCACGGGGGACCCCUCUGCCCUGGUAACGGCCGGAGAGGAGGAGAUGGCGCCAGUCAGGGAGCGGCCGUGGCCAAGGCAGUGAGGAAGCGCGAAGGCGGAGCCGCCGACACCUGGGGAGAAGAAUCGGAGCCGUCGCCGUCACUGCUGCCGCCGCCACCAUGGAAGGUGCCAAGCCGACCUUGCAGCUCGUGUACCAGGCUGUGCAGGCGCUCUACCACGACCCCGAUCCCAGCGGGAAGGAACGCGCCUCGUUUUGGCUUGGGGAGCUGCAGCGUUCGGUCCAUGCAUGGGAGAUUUCUGACCAAUUAUUACAGAUCCGACAGGAUGUGGAAUCAUGCUAUUUUGCUGCACAGACCAUGAAAAUGAAGAUUCAGACCUCAUUUUAUGAGCUCCCUACAGACUCUCAUGCCUCUUUACGGGACUCAUUGCUAACCCAUAUCCAGAACUUGAAAGACUUGUCACCUGUCAUUGUAACGCAGCUGGCUUUAGCAAUAGCAGACCUUGCCCUACAGAUGCCUUCCUGGAAAGGGUGUGUACAAACAUUGGUGGAAAAAUAUAGCAAUGAUGUAACUUCUCUGCCUUUUUUGCUGGAGAUCCUUACAGUGUUACCUGAAGAAGUACAUAGUCGUUCAUUACGGAUUGGAGCAAACCGCCGUACAGAAAUUAUAGAAGACUUGGCCUUCUAUUCUAGCACAGUAGUAUCUCUAUUGAUGACUUGCGUAGAAAAAACUGGAACAGAUGAGAAAAUGCUAAUAAAGGUCUUUCGCUGUUUGGGAAGUUGGUUUAAUUUGGGAGUUUUGGACAGUAACUUCAUGGCUAACAAUAAGUUACUAGCACUCCUUUUUGAGGUUUUGCAACAGGACAAGACCUCAUCUAAUUUACAUGAAGCUGCUUCAGACUGUGUGUGCUCAGCUCUUUAUGCCAUAGAGAAUGUGGAGACUAACUUACCAUUAGCCAUGCAACUUUUUCAGGGAGUCCUGACAUUGGAGACUGCUUAUCAUAUGGCUGUGGCACGUGAGGAUUUAGACAAAGUUCUGAAUUACUGCCGUAUUUUUACUGAACUGUGUGAAACUUUUCUUGAAAAAAUUGUUUGUACUCCAGGCCAAGGUCUGGGAGAUCUACGAACUCUGGAACUUCUUCUUAUCUGUGCAGGGCAUCCCCAGUAUGAGGUGGUAGAAAUUUCCUUUAACUUCUGGUAUCGACUAGGAGAGCAUUUAUACAAAACUAACGACGAGGUUAUUCAUGGCAUCUUCAAAGCUUACAUUCAGAGGCUGCUUCAUGCCUUGGCGCGACACUGCCAGAUGGAACCAGACCAUGAAGGGGUGCCUGAGGAGACUGAUGACUUUGGGGAGUUUCGGAUGAGGGUAUCAGACCUGGUGAAGGACUUGAUUUUCUUGAUUGGGUCUAUGGAGUGUUUUGCUCAGUUAUAUUCUACUCUGAAAGAAGGCAACCCACCCUGGGAAGUGACAGAAGCGGUUCUAUUUAUCAUGGCUGCUAUAGCAAAGAGUGUUGAUCCGGAGAACAAUCCUACACUGGUGGAAGUCCUAGAAGGAGUUGUUCGUCUCCCAGAGACUGUACAUACAGCUGUGCGAUAUACCAGCAUUGAAUUGGUUGGAGAAAUGAGUGAAGUGGUUGAUCGAAACCCUCAGUUCCUUGACCCCGUGUUGGGCUAUUUGAUGAAAGGCCUGUGUGAAAAACCGCUGGCUUCUGCUGCAGCCAAAGCCAUUCAUAACAUUUGCUCAGUCUGUCGGGAUCAUAUGGCUCAGCACUUUAAUGGACUCCUAGAGAUUGCUCGCUCCCUUGAUUCCUUCAUGUUGUCUCCAGAAGCUGCUGUGGGCUUGCUAAAAGGGACAGCACUUGUCCUAGCAAGAUUACCUUUGGAUAAAAUUACUGAAUGUCUUAGUGAACUGUGUUCUGUUCAAGUUAUGGCAUUGAAGAAACUGUUGUCUCAGGAGCCCAGCAAUGGAAUCUCCUCAGAUCCUACUGUGUUCUUAGAUCGACUGGCUGUUAUAUUUAGACACACCAAUCCCAUUGUGGAAAAUGGACAGACUCACCCGUGCCAAAAAGUCAUACAGGAAAUAUGGCCAGUUUUGUCCGAGACUCUAAAUAAGCAUCGGGCUGAUAAUCGCAUUGUAGAGCGUUGUUGCAGAUGCUUGCGCUUUGCUGUUCGCUGUGUAGGCAAAGGAUCUGCAGCCCUACUCCAGCCACUAGUCACACAGAUGGUGAAUGUGUACCACGUACAUCAGCAUUCCUGUUUCCUGUAUCUUGGCAGUAUCCUUGUGGAUGAGUAUGGCAUGGAAGAAGGCUGUCGGCAGGGACUAUUAGAUAUGCUCCAGGCACUGUGCAUCCCCACCUUUCAGCUCCUAGAGCAGCAGAAUGGCCUGCAGAAUCACCCUGAUACUGUAGAUGACCUGUUCAGGCUAGCCACUCGGUUUAUUCAGCGUAGUCCUGUCACCUUAUUGAGGAGUCAAGUGGUCAUCCCAAUCUUACAGUGGGCCAUUGCCUCUACCACCCUGGACCACCGAGAUGCCAAUUGUAGUGUCAUGAGGUUCCUACGAGAUCUCAUCCACACAGGGGUAGCCAAUGAUCAUGAAGAAGACUUUGAAUUACGGAAAGAACUGAUUGGACAGGUGAUGAACCAGCUUGGACAGCAACUUGUAAGCCAGCUACUUCACACUUGCUGCUUUUGUCUCCCCCCUUAUACCUUACCAGAUGUGGCUGAAGUCCUCUGGGAGAUCAUGCAGGUUGACAGACCGACUUUCUGUCGGUGGUUAGAGAAUUCUUUGAAAGGUUUGCCAAAGGAGACAACCGUGGGAGCCGUCACAGUGACACACAAACAACUUACAGAUUUCCACAAGCAAGUCACUAGUGCUGAGGAAUGCAAGCAAGUUUGCUGGGCCUUGAGAGACUUCACAAGAUUGUUUCGAUAGCUCACAUUCCUGCACUGUGCCUGUCACCAAGGAAUGUCUUUUUGCAUUAGAAGACAGGAAGAAAACAAAGCCCAGACUGUGUCCCACAAUCAGAAACCUCCGUUGUGGCAGAGGGGCCUUCACUGCCACCAAGGCAUCCCUCCAGACAAGGGGAGACUCCAGCCUUCCGAGGCAUCCCGAGGAGUUCCUGUUUGGGGUGUGAGGGAAAAUCAGUGCGGUUUUAAAGAGAUGGCUGCAGCCUGUCUGGCAUGAUGGGAGGGGAGCUGGUUUCCUGGUGAACUUGUUUCUUAAAGGAAAAAUAACUAAUGAAAUAAAAAAAAAAGGGGGGGGUGGGGAAGAAAAACUAAAACCAGAACUGAAAUGUUCACCUGGUAGCAAAUGACACACACAUACACUCAUGACCUACAAGGAAGAUGAGAAUUCAGAUGUACUAGAUAGCUACAAUUGGAAGUAAAGGAUCAGGGCAUCUCUUAAGAUGUUCUGUUUUAUCUUCCUUCUCUAUUCUUCCCUUCCUUCUUUGCCUUUCCUGUGGAUAGAAGUAUCCUCCUCCCCCUACUGUUUAUUUUCACCUUUAGUUGUUCAGACAAGAAGCCUAUUCUUGUAUCAUGGUCACAUCAGUGAUACUCAGGACCUCCUCAGAGUCAAAACUCAUAUUCAGUGUAUAACCAGCCCUGGCCCUUUCUAAUCUCUAAAUUCACUUCUAAUCCACACAGCCUUGUCACCAGCCUUGGGGAGAAGAGCCAAAAUUGGGGUAGGUGGGGAUGGAUAUCAAUGUGUCUUCUGUAUUUUAGGCCUUUUUUUCCUUAGUGACUUACUCACCUACAGAUAGGAGAGAAAAGAGGGGGCAAAAGAGGAUGCGGUAUGAUAUGGAAAAUGUUUACAGGGCCAAUUGUGUUUUACUAAAAAGUGUGGGAAUUCAUUGAUUUGGGGGGGGUGAGGACAAAGAGGAAGCCCAGAGCAGAUCUUAAGGUUUUGAAGGAGGGCAGUUCUGCACAGCCAUUAGAUAUGAGGGCCCUGUUCUGUCUGCUGUUUUAGCCAUCUGAAGAACAAAUCAACAGCAAAAAAGAAAAGAGGAAAAAAAAAGAAAAAAGAAAUAAA